AUGUCCCACAACGACCAUCCGAAGACAUACAAAGCGUACGCAUUCACGGAGAAGGGCGGCCAGCUGAAGGCCAUCACCGUUGACUGGACGUAUCCUCAGGAGGGGGAGAUUGUGGUGAAGGUCCUCGCAUGUGGGGUCUGCGCUAGCGAUGAGAUGGUGAAGGAACAAAUAUUCCCGACGGGCUUCCCGCGGAUACCCGGUCAUGAGAUCGUCGGUGACGUUGUCGCUGUGCAUCCAACAGAGAAGCUAUGGAAAGUCGGUCAGCGUGUCGGUUCAGGAUGGCACGGUGGUCACUGCAGCAUAUGUUCACGUUGCCGCACUGGUGACUAUAUGACUUGUGAAAAUGAAGCUAUCAACGGUAUUUUCAGAGAUGGAGGAUAUGCCGAAUAUGUGACUCUCAGGUCUGAGGCCGUUGCCAGUGUUCCGGAAGAACUUGACCCAGCUGAAGCAGCGCCCCUGUUUUGUGCGGGCGUCACCACUUUCAACUCCCUCCGGCACAUGAACGCUAUUCCCCCUGAUUUUGUCGCCGUUCAGGGGAUCGGAGGGUUGGGUCAUCUUGCCAUCCAGAUGGCGCGCGCCAUGGGAUACCGAGUCGUGGCGCUUUCGUCCUCGGGCGCCAAGCGCCACCUUGCGCUAGAGUUGGGCGCGUACGAAUAUCUCGACGGAUCGAAGGUGAACCAGGCGGAAGCAUUACAGCAGCUCGGCGGUGCGAAGGUCAUUAUGUGCACUGCUCCCAACUCGAGCGUCAUCCAAGAGCUCGUGCAAGCUCUUGCCGUUGAUGGAGAGCUCUUACUCCUGGCGCUCACGGAAAACGUCUCUGUUCCUGUCGGCCCACUUAUUACCAAGCGUCUCUCCAUUCGUGGAUGGCCCAGUGGGACGGCGAAGGACACCGAGGAUUGCUUGGAGUUCGCUCUGGCCUCUGGAAUCAAGUGCCACGUCGAAAGAUUCCCUCUGGACAAGGCGCAGGACGCGUACAAUCACCGUGCAUCUGCGCGGUUCAGAGCUGUUAUUAUUCCUUGA